AAUGACUACAAACAGUGUCUCUGGGGGCUUGUUUAAUCCAAUAAUGAACACGAUGAUAAAAAAAAGGACCACAAAUAAUAUCAAGCAGACCUGAUUUAAAAUGAACACUAAUUAUAUUUUCUUUUUGUAAUUAUUUCUAUUUAAAUUUAAAGUUUCGUUCAGCUUGUGUUUGAACACUAAUAGGAAACAGCUGUGUGCCAGGUCUCAGCGGCGGCUCAGGGAACUGCAUGAAGUGGAAGGAGGAGGAGGAGAGAGGAAGUUCUUAAAAACUUUUUUUUCCCCAGAAAGGACUCUGGAGUAGCUCCGUUAUAUUUUCAGAGGAAGGGGAUCCGACCAGAUAACGGUGUGAAAAAGUUCAUCCCUUCUUCUGUUUUCUCCUCACAUGAGAAGAAACAGGCCCGCGUGUGUUUGCCUUUGUCCCGUGUAUUUUGUUCCUUCCCAGACUGAGAGGACUUACACCAUCAGAGGCGAUGAGAUGUGAGUGAGCUAUGCCUUGUGGAAAUGGACAGACUUUAUCCAAGCGAAAACAUGGCGUCUGCGUCCCGAGGUUUAGCUUCUUUUCCAGUCUGCUUGUGGCGCUCUGCUGCCUGGAGGCAUGGGGCUCCGGGCCGCAGGGGGACGGCGGCAGGAGUUGCAGCCCCUGUCCCGUUAACUGCAGCUGCACGCUGGCGGGGCCCCAGCCGUCCUGCGUCGUCAACUGCUCCAACAUCGGGCUGGAGAGGGCCCCAGCAGCGGCGGACAUCCCGCUGGCCACCAACGUGCUAGAUCUUUCCAAGAACCACAUCUCUUCACUUGAUACCAGCCUGCUAGAUCGUGUCACUGGUCUCCGAGAGCUGUAUCUCCAAGGGAACAGGAUCAAUGUUCUCCCCAGAGGCGUAUUCUGCUGUGGGCCGCUGUCAAUCCUCGAUUUGAGCAACAACCAAAUCACCACCAUAGAAGAAAGAAUAUGCGACAAUCUAUGCAAUUUAACUCAAAUUGAUCUGAGCAGUAACCCCUUCGAGUGUGACUGUAAGCUGUUCCGGCUGGUCAGCUGGCUCCAGGAGAAAGGGGUGCGAGUUCGACGCCCGGACGCCAUGCUCUGCAAGCAUCCUCCUGAGCUCCGCCACCAACCCCUGCUCAACGUCAGCCUGCUCACCUGUGGUCUGAACUAUGCAGCUUGUCUUGAGGACAGCAGCAGUGGAGGAGGGGGACGGAGCGAGCUAGUUAUCUUCUCCUCCUCUACACCCGGAAACUUCACGCGUGAACAGUGUAACAGUGUGUGUUUUGCUGCAUCACACCCCUACGGGGGUUUGGGGGCGAGGCACGAGUGUCUCUGCAGCACAAACUCAAGGCCGAAUUUCAUCAGCGAAUCUCAGUGCUCUGCUGCCUGUACAAAGCCCCAUGUUAUGAAGGAGUGUGGGUGGACUCUGGCUCAGGAUGUGUUUGUGGUGGACUUCUCGGUCUCACUGAAGCCUCUCCCUCUGCAAAGCGUUCACGACAGCAUUAGUUUCUCCGCCUCCUCCUCUGUCACUCCGGUGACACUGUCCUGGGACUUUGGUGACGUUUCAUCUCGGGUCAACACUACAGGAAGAGGGCUCACCACAGCACCUCACAAAUAUGGACUUCCAGGACAUUAUGCGGUCAGUUUGUUGGCCUGGGCUGGAAACAAGGAGGUCUCUGCACACGGAGAAGUGGACGUGACACUUCCUCCCAGACUGGAGCUGCACUGUCCCUCUCUUGCAGUGGCCAAUAAGAGCCUAGAGGUCACGCUUGUCAGCUGGGGCGCUGUUGAUGUGAAUGUAGACUGGUCGAUCACAAAGGAUGGCGUCCAAGUUGCCAAAGCCUCCCCUCACUGUCCAAGGGAUGGAGUGUACUACACCGAGUCCUCACACUGUUUCCAGAUCGUUCCAGGGGAGCUGAGCUGGACAGAUGCUCGACAACAGUGUUUAGACCGUGGCGGGGAUCUGGCAAUAGUCAGGAGUGACACGCUGCGUAACCUGCUGGCUCCCAAAGUCACACAGGAACGAGGCGUGUGGCUGGGUUUGAGUGAUGUCGACUCUCCAGGCAGGCUGCGCUGGGUGAACGGCUCAGAGGCACAGGAGGGAGAGGCGGGCCUGGCACAUCGCUCCCCGAUCUCCCGCGGAAACGUGUGCGUGUCCCUUGAUCAGCGCUGUCAGACCAGUUCACACCUAUGCAAUGCCAAGCGGGCCUUUGUCUGCCAAUACAGCCCCCAAGUGCGUGUUCCAGAUGCUGGCCUCUACAUGGUGGGCCUGGCUGUGUUUCCCUCCCAUAAACAUUUGCACCGCGCCCCAUCCGCUCCGUCCUCCACUCCACAACCUCCCAGCGGUGGCAUAGAAGUGCUGUUGUUCCCGGCUAUGAGCUUUGUUCAGCCAGGUCGUCUGUCCUCCCUAGAGUUCGUCACUCAGGACCUCAGUUCACAAAUCCACGUUCGAUUCCAGACGUACAGACCUCACUGCCAUCAUCCCGGCCUGCACCUGCUGCUGCCCAGUUGUGGAGGUCCCGCGUGUUCUCCGGUGGCUGUUUGUGUGCCUAAUGACACCAGGAGCAGUGAUCCACCCUCUUGCCCCCGACUAGAGCAGUGGUGUCCCUUCCAGCGCAGUUGCCUGCCCUUGUCUAGUCCCUGCCAACCAUCUUCCUGUCCUAACUGCACCCAGGCUCACCGCCUGCCCCCUGGGGUGCUGAGGCCCCGAUACACCCUUCAGAAAGAGGUGGUCUUCACUCUGUCAGCAGGACAAGCUGCACACAUACUGGUACAAGAACAAUUGGAGGAUCUCCUGGUCUCCCGUGGUGAUGUCAUCGCCCUGCAACAUGAUGCCGGCCCUGCCUCCCUUCUCCACUGCCAAUCCUCCCCACACUCACUGUGGCGACAACCUGUUUUAGCCCUCAACCAAUCAGAGUGGUUCUGGACCAACAACACCAGACAGUCAACAGACUCCUCCGCUCACCACAAUGCUGACCCUCUGCCAGACCCAGAGCUUGACGUGAAGGCCCUGGUGGAGGAUGGCGAGGGAGGUUGGCUGGAGGAAGUAGUUUGCCCCGUCAGAGUGCUCUAUGUGGGCCACAGUGAGACUCAGCUGCAGGGAGCACAGCUGUCUGCUGGUCUACCCCAGCCCGGACUCUACAGCCUGCUGGUAACUUCAGCUGAGCCAUCAUACCGGGCCUCAGCAUCGUGCCCGUUGCGGGUGGUGCCUCCUCUGGGCUUGACGAUCCUCCACCCCCCUACCCGGAAUGGCACCCUCUACAUGCAACCCAACGACACCCGGCUGCUGCUCAGUGUCCAGUCUCGCUACUCGACAAAUGCCUCUCGGCGGGGCAGUAAUUGCACUGUGACAUUUCAGAGCCACUGUCCCCCAGAGUUUUCUUCCCGCCCAGUGCUCUGUCAGCCCGGGCCAAGCUCAGGGUCCAGGAUCGAGGUUGCAGAGCCAAGCCUGUAUGCAGUGCUGGAUCUGAGCCUGGGGAUGGAGGAGCGAAGGAGCCCAGUGCAGGUGGAGCUGGAGGCCCACAAUAGUGUGACGGAGGCCAGCCUGUCUGUGGUCGUCCAACUGGAAGAGCCACUCAGAGGACUGGUGGUGCAGCCGCACCCUGCACACAGAGUUCUGAUGGAGUCAGUCGUGAGCUACACAUCUUCAGUGCUUGAAGGUUCUAAUCCCACAUUUAAAUGGACAGUGGAUGACAAGCCCUACUUCACCUAUUACAACACUGUCCUCAAUGUCAUCUACCAGCAUGCUGCCAUCUACAAGCUCACAGUGACAGCCAUGAACCAUGUCAGCACCCUCACAGAGCAUUUCAACGUGACUGUGGACCGGCUGCAGCCCAUGGCCAACCUCACAGUAAAGGGUGUGCCAGAUGUGGUCCCUCAGGGCUCCACUCAGACUCUCACCACCUCUGUGCUCGUCGACAUGUCUGUGGCUGCCACUUUCCGAUGGUCUUUUGGUGACGGUGGAUAUAAAGAGUUUGAAUACAAGCCUCCCUACCCCCCCUCCCUCCUCUGCCCUGAGUCACCCAAUCAGGUCCUCCUAAGUAACAAUGUCACCUAUAUCUACUCUCAGCCAGGGAUAUACACAGCACUGGUGUCAGUGUCCAAUCGUUAUGAGAACAUCAGUCAUAGCAUCAACAUGAGCGUCUACAGCAUCCUCACUCAUGUUGAUAUACAAACAGAGCCACGACUCCUCCUCAAUGGCAAAUCAGCCGAUUUUGAGGCUCACCCUCUGCCAUCACCCUAUGGCAUCCACUAUGACUGGCACUUUGGAGAUGGUACUGCCCCGCUGCAAGGACGCCGCGUGGCACACGCCUAUACACAGAGUGGGGUCUUUAAUAUCUGUGUAUCUGUUAACAACACCAUCAGUUCUACGGAGGUUUGUGCCGAGAUAUUUGUAUAUGAGGAGAUAGAAGAUUUAACUGCUGAAAGCUCCUCUCCUACAGAGCUUCACAGUCCUACGACUGUAUGGGCACGCCUUGCAUCAGGUAACAACAUCACAUGGACAUUCUCCAUGGGCGAUGGGACCAUCUACACACCAUCUGAACCUCAUGUGUCACACAGUUAUAUCAAAGAUGGCAACUACACAGUGAAUGUGACUGCCGCGAAUGCUGUAAGCUCUGGCUGGAAAAACCUAACAGUGCAGGUGUUUGUCUUCCAAGUUGUGAGAAUGGAGCCAUCCGGGUGUGUCAAAGAACGGACCCCUGUCAACUUCCAGGCUUGGGUGUCUGGUAACGCAUCGGCUCAUCUUUAUGAAUGGAGCUUCGGGGACGGAAGCCCCAACGAGACACACCGAGGCAACCCCAGAGUGUCGCACACCUACUGGACAAGUGGGAACUACCACCUCUCUCUGCUUCUUUCCAGCGGGGUAAACAAAGCCACCAAGGCCAACUUCUUCAAUUGGGUGUGUGUGCAGCCAUCUUUAACCAACAUCACCAUUACACUUGAGAAAUCACACUACGCUGUCGGGGAGGAGAUCCAGUUCCAGGCCAGAGCUGAGCCUGAAUUUAACUACAGCUAUCAGUGGGACUUUGGUAGAGAGGAAGACCUUGUGCUCAUGCGUGGUUCUGGAAAUAUUGUGACAAAGUAUAAAACCCCAGGUCAUUACAUGGUGACAGUCACUGUCUUCAAUAACAUCUCCACCAGCAACACCAGUGUUGUGAUUGAGGUUCUGAUGCCCAUAGGACCAAUUGUUAUUCAACAUAAUGGCACUAAGUAUAAUAACCUGACCUAUGGAGCCCCAUAUGCUUUCACAACAUCUUCCUUGGCUUCCAAUGUCACAUACGUCUGGAACUUUGGAGUUGGAAAUGUGCUUACAGGCCAGAAUAUCGUCCACACCUACAACACCUCGGGAAGCUACAAUAUUACACUGACAGCAGCCAACACAGUUAGCAGGAAUCACACUACUUUACCUGUUGCUGUGCUUUCACCAAUAUGUGGGUUGACAGUCAACGCCAGCUUGGUAAAUGUCCCUCUCAAUGCCUCAGUCCACUUUGAGGCCCAAAUGGAGGCGGGAGAUGGUGUCCGAUACUCUUGGAUCUUGUGUGACCGCUGCACCCCAAUCCUAGGGACCCACACUAUGUUCUACACGUUCCGCUCUGUUGGCACUUUUAACAUCAUUGUGACCGCGGAGAACGACGUAGGAACGGCACAAGCGAGUAUCUUCCUGUUUGUCCAACGUGAGCUAGAGGGGCUGCAGAUUUUAGCAGUGGAGGAGGCAGGUAGAGGCACGGGUUUGGAAGGUUGCUGCUUUGCUACAAACCGUAUUCUCCACCUUCAAGCAGGAUUAAAGGAAGGAACCAACAUGACAUUUACUUGGAACCUCAUCAGAGAGCUAGACCCCGUCAGCUCCAGCUUCAACGUAAGCGGGAAGACAGUGGAGGUGAAUUUCUCUACACCAGGCCCAUGUGACAUCUUUCUCCAGGCAGCCAACCUCCUGGGCCAGCUGUCCGUCAACAGAACUAUCCACUUCCUGCAACCAGCUGGAGGGGUGCAGCUGCAGACCAGCGACAACCCAGUUGCAGUCAAUGCUCCAACUAACCUAACAGUACUGACUACUGAAGGUUCAGACCUGCAAUACCGCUGGUCUGUGAAUGGGGAAGCUCUGCAGUGGGACAAGCCCUGGAAGACCCACUCCUUCAUCAGUGCUGGCCUAAAACAAGUUAGCGUGGAGGUCUUCAAUGAAGUUAGCUCAGAGGUUGUGUCAAAGGUUGUCAGUGUCCAGGAAGUCAUUUCUGGGCUAAGGUUCACAGCUACCAAUGUGACAGAGCAGAGUUAUGUAGCAACAGGCGUCAACGUCUUGCUGCAGGGGGAGGUACUGUCAGGAACUGAUGUGACUUGGACAUGGCUGUUGAAUGGAAGAACAGAAACGGGAAGAAAAACUUCUUUGAUUUUCCAGGAGCCAAAAACAGCCAUCGUUACUCUGAAUGCCACCAACGAUGUCAGCGGGCAAGUGGUUUCCAGAGAGUUUUUUGUUCAGGACAAGAUUCAGGGGUUGGAGCUGAGGGCAAGUAAAAAUAUUGUUGCAGUCGGUGAGAAGGUGGAGUUCACCAUUUCUAUGGCAGCGGGCUCGGACGUUUGUCUCAUCCUCAGCAUCAGUGGAGAUGCGACUGUUAUCCCUCAACCUAACCAAACCUACAUCCACAUAUUCAGCAGGGUUGACAAGUACAUGGUGAAUCUCACAGCUCACAACCAGGUGAAUUCCAAGAGGCGGCACUUACACAUCGAGGUGAUGGAGCCGAUUCGUGGACUUUCCAUCCUGGAAAGCUGCAAAGCAAUCUCUGUAGGUGUAAAGAAAUUAUUUGUGGCUAACAUCUUGACGGGCAGACCUGUUAGUUUUCUGUGGACUUUUGAUGUGGACCACCUUCACCAGACAUCCCAUAUGGGCAAAGAGGUGUCCUACACGCCAGGAGUCGCAGGUUUAUUAACCAUUUACCUGAGGGCCUUCAACGCACUGCAUGGUCAGAACAUCACCAAGUACAUCCUGGUUCAGAACCGGCUGACGUAUGCUGAACUGUAUGCAGAGCCUCGGGACACUUUCAUCAAUAAGACAGUGACCCUGAUGGCCUCUGUCACACCCAGUCACACCAAAUCUAACCCUGUGGAGUGCUUGUGGGACUUUGGUGAUGGUUCUACUCCAGUUAACACCAACAUCACAACUGUGGGUUAUGAGUACAGACACCCAGGGCACUACCUGGUCCAAGUGAACUGCAGUAACCUGGUGAGCUGGGUGUUGGCCCAGGUGGAGGUAAACAUUAGUGUCUUAGAGUGUGAGGAGCCUGAAGUGCAGGUGGUUCAACCCCGCCUAGCCAUCUGGCGCUCUCAGCCCACUUUGGUGGAGGCCAGGGUAGACCUGAAAGGCUGCCUACGCUACGGAGCUCAGUACCUUUGGCAGAUACUCUCAACACCCUACUGUGAUAAUGACAAAGACCACCAUCUUCCCUCUGGGGUUGUGACUCAGCCCUCCCAGGCUUUGCCAGUCCCAAUAAUUCGCCUGCCUUUGGAGGUGGAUGUGCAGCGGCUGCAGCUGUCAUUGCCAAAGAUGGUUCUGGCAGCAGGGAACUACACCUUGGUGUUUUCUCUGUCAUAUAAAGGUGUGCCACUAAGGAAGGCAGCCUGUCUACAGCUCAGUGUCAUGGCUGCCAGGCUGAUGCCCAUCAUAGAAGGGGGUACCUACAGGGUGUGGUCAAGGACCCAGGACCUGCAGCUCAGUGCGGAGCAGUCCUACGACCCCAACAUGGACCCAGACAGCCAGUCACUACUCCAUUACCACUGGGAAUGUCAAAGCACUUCGAAGGGUGCAGAGCACUGCUCCAGCCUGAACUUUGGCCUGGGCUGUAGUGAUCCGGUGCUGGGAAUCUCCGGCUCCGAGCUGGAGGCCGGCGUUGAGUACACUUUCAGACUGACCAUCAGCAAAGACGGCAUGGCGCCAGAGUCCACGACACAGACUGUGCUUGUCCAGAGUGGCCAUAUUCCCAUGGUGUAUCUGGAGUGUGUGUCCUGUAAGGCCCAGUCCAUCUAUGAGGUCAGCCAGAACUCGUAUGUCUACCUCAGAGGAACCUGCACCAACUGCCAGGGCUUUCAUCGUGGGCGUUGGAGUGCCAUGACGCUGCAGAACAAGACUCUGGUCCUAGACUCCUCCUCCACCACCACAGGAAGUGAUGGCAUGAACCUGGUGUUGCGGCAGGGCGUCUUGCGCCACGGAGAAUCCUACAUCUUUACCCUGCACGUGACCGACAGCAGUCUGGAUGGCGAGGGCGCCGCCUCCAUCACUCUGCGGCACAAUAUGCCCCCGGAUGGGGGGAAGUGUCAGCUGAGAGUGGGAGAUAGAGACGGUGAAGGCUGGAGGAUACGCACACUGUUGGACCGGCUGCACUUCAUCUGCUCAGGCUACAGUGAUCUAGGCGUCUCAGAGACUCCUUUGCUCUACAGCCUACUGGUGACACGCUGCAGAGAGGACUACUGUGAGGACUUCUGUGUGUACAAAGGCAGCAGCCCUGAGCACUCAGCCUUCCUGCCUCCAGGCUUCAGCUCAUCCCAUCACCUUGUAACUGUUACCAUCACAGUUGAGGACCACCAGGGAGCUGCCAUCACUGCAUUUAACAAUUCCAUUGAGGUUGUGCUGCCAGAUCCGCCCCCUGAAUACAGCAGCCUUCCCCAUUGGCUGUCUGAGCUGACAGACAGCGAACUCAAAAAGCUGUUGGAGCAAGGAGACUCCCAGAGGGUCAGAGAGUUAUCAUUGGCUCUUAUUACAGUCCUAAAUGAGUAUGAGCAGACCAGGGAGUCAGUGCGGGUGUCCCAACAUGAGCGCAGUUACCGGGUCAGAGUCCGCAGCAACAUCACCAGAGCUCUGACUGCUCUAGACCUCAACACCGUUAACGACAUCCAGCAGACCUCCGCUGCUUUGGCUCAGUGCACGGCGGGUAGUCGAGAGUUUAUCUGUGAAGAGUGUCAGAACAGCACUCUGAACAAGCUGGAGUCCAUGCUUGAGAUACUGCAAAGUGACACCAAGCAGGGCACUGUCACGCCCACUGAGAUAGCUGACAACAUCUUGAACAUCAUGGGUGAUCUGAUCCAUCAGGUCAGCCAGUCAGCAUCCCAGUCUUACCUCCAGCCCGCCUACGUGGAUUCCCCCUCACCCCACUUCACCCCCUCUUUUUCCUCCUCUGGUGAGGAGCAAGGAGGCAUGCUGUUAGAACCCCCUCCCUCCUCACUGGAGCAACACCCUCUGCGAGUGGCGGCCAAGGCUUACAGCCUGUCCUCAGUCCUCAUGCUGAUCCUCAUGCAUGCCCGUGUGCUCAAUGAGGAGCCGCUUGUGCUGAGGGGAGCCGAGAUCGCUGCCACGGGAAAACUGGCAGACCCCCAAAGCCUGCUCUGCUACCAUGACAACAGCAGUCCAGAGUGCCAGCGGUUCUCCAUUCCCCGAGCUUUCAACAACAGUCUUGGCAUAGCCGCUGCAGGAAACAGCAUCAUGCAGCUUCUGUUCCAGGUGGAGUCGAACCCUUUCCCCUUCAACUAUGUGGCAAACUAUACCGUCUCUACCGAAGUGGCGUCCAUGGAGUUCCGCACUGAAAAUGGCACCCAGAUUCCCAUCUCCGGACUGGACGAUAGUCUAGCCAUCACUGUAGCCAUUAACAAUGGAAGUGGUGGAGCGGAAGCAGGUCCUGAGGGUUCUGGUACCGGAGGGGUCCCCACAGCUGGAGCUGUUAACAUCAGCUACUGCGACUCCGUCAUCGUCAGGGUCAGCGCAGGAAACACCAACAGACAGGCAGGGCUGUUUGUGCAGCUCAACUUCACCUCCCUGGAGGGUGAGCUCUCACAAUCAUCACAUACAGUAUCUCACAAAAACACCAGAGAGAAGGACAAAAGACAAAAGGACAUGGAGGAGCCAUACAUCACAGCCUACCUUCAUUUACAUGACAGACCCAAUGAGUUCAACUGCACAGACAAGAAACAUAUCCAACUCCGUAUGACCAGGGGGCGAGAUCUUGACCACAGGAAAUAUACCUUCUUCCUGUCGCCAGAGUCGUACGACACCACUCUGGAUUACUUUAUCAACGUGAGCACGGCCUGCAGCCCCAGCUCUCACCCUGUGGGCAUUCAUCUGGAGGUCGGGGUGUUUGCCUCUUUGUGUCAGUACUUCAGUGAGAGUGAGAAGCAGUGGCGGACAGAUGGUAUGGUGCCCCUGGCAGAAACCAAAGCCAGCAGAGCUGUUUGUCGCACCAGGCACCUCACAGCCUUCGCAGCAGGCCUGUUUGUACCUGCCAAUGCCAUCAGCUUUAAAGUGCCGGAGCGUUCUGGUGCACCAAGCCUGGUUGUGCUGUUGGUGUGCGUGUUGGGCUUACUUAGCUAUGUUGUGGCAGCAGCCAUCUUGCACAAGUUGGACCAGCUGGAUCUCCGCCGGGCUGGUGUGGUUCCACUCUGCGGCCAAGACGGACUCUUCAAGUACGAGAUCCAGGUCAAGACUGGUUGGAGCCGAGGGGCAGGCACCACGGCUCAUGUGGGAAUCAGUUUGUAUGGACGUGAGAGCCGCAGUGGACAUCGGCAUCUUGACAGCAGAGGAGCUUUCACACGCAACACUCUUGACAUCUUUCAUAUUGCCACGGAUACCAGCCUGGGCAGUGUCUGGAAAAUACGGAUUUGGCACGACAACAAGGGUCUUUCCCCAGCGUGGAUGCUACAGUACGUCUUGGUCAAAGACUUGCAGACGGGAAGUAGCUACUACUUCCUGGUUGAGGAGUGGCUGUCAGUCGACAAUGAGAGAACUGACGGACGGGUAGAGAUUGAGGUGGAGGCCUCAGAGGAGGCUGCGCUUCUUCAGCGGUCCCGCCUCCUGCGUUGUGAGCUGCAGAGGGCGCUGUGUGAGAGUCAUCUGUGGUUGUCGCUGUGGGUUAGACCCCCCCGCAGCCCUUUCACCCGCCUGCAGAGAGCCACGUGCUGCGCUGUGUUACUGCAGCUCUUUGUGCUGGCCAACACACUUUGGUACAGCAUUGUGGUGGAUAAAAGAUACAGCCCGCGGGCCGUGUCGAGGCUUGCUUCAUUAAAUGGAGAGACUGUGACAGCAGGUGUUGUGACCUGUCUGAUCGUCUACCCUCUCUACCUGCUCGUCUUCACACUCUUCAGAAUGAGCCGCAGCAAGUGUGUGUCUGUUGAGCAGGUACCACCACAAGUGGACCAGGAGUCAGUGGAGAUUGAUGACUUCCUGGACAACUCAAUGGCUGGAAGUUCCUUCCUCUUUUUUAAUGGCGAGACCAACUCUGAAGAAACCAAUGUGGAUUUGCCCACUCCGUCAACCAAAAGCGUGGAGAGUUGGGGCAUGGCGGAGGAGGAAAUGGAGGACAGGGAUUGGCCGGAGCUGUUGAGUGAUGUGUCUGUGGUGGGAGGGGCAGGGCAUGGGGCAGGGCUGCCAAGGCUGAAGAGGGGUCAGGGGAGCCGCCACCUGGGCGUCGACAUGACCUUUAACCCUGACGACGAGGAGGCAAUUGACCAACGCAACAAAUAUUUCACCUCCUCAGACGAGGAUCUGAUCAAACACAUCCUGACAGAUGGACAGAACUUCUUUCCUCAGGCAGAUGAAAGUGAGAUGGCUGACCUGUCGAGCAUUUUUGGAGAUAAGACAGAGGUGAUUCUCCUCCAGAAGCUGAAUGAUCCUCUUCCUCUAGAAUCUGUGAGAAGAGACCCACCGAAAACUGCUUUCACCUCAAAUACAGUUGUGACAGACGUGUGUCGUCCCAGACGGUUUCCUCCCUGGUGUGGACGUGCCGCCCUAUGGGGCAGCUGGGCAGGAAUCGCUCUGGCUAGUAGUGUUUCGAUUUGGGCGGGCCUUGGGUUCAGUCAAAAUGUGGCCAUGAUGUGGCUCAUAUCCUGUUUUGCCAGUUUCCUGUGCUCCUUCCUGAUGUUGGAGCCGAUUAAGGUGUUUUGUGAGGCAGUUUACUAUGCAGUGUGUGUGCUUCGCCUGCGUCCAGAGGACCAGGAUGUGCUGGUAGAGUUUCCCCGUGUGGAGAGAGUGGUCCAACGGGUCCCCCGGGUGAGACCACCACAAGGCUUUGCUCUGUCUCAGGCUCAACACCAGGCCCGCAAGGUCCACAUGCUGCACACCAUGCUGAAGAAUUUCCUGGUUUACAUGUUUUUCCUGUUGGUGGUUUUGCUUCUCAACUACUCUGACUCAGCCAAAGACACACACAGCCUGAGACUGCGUACUCAGCUGCAGCGAGCACUACACACUCCUGAGUACCACAACAUCAGCAGCCGAGAUGACGUUCUCAUGUGGCUGAACAAGUCUCUUUUGCCACGGCUACUGGAUGACUCCGCCCUCUUGAGAGACACAGGAAGUGUGUUACUCGGCACACUGAGGCUCCGUCAAAUCCGUGACACUCGGGUUGCAGGUGAUUCCAGGGUAGGAGACAGUGUUUGGGGAAAGAGCUGGGAUACAUCUCUAACUGAAGACAAAGAGAAUUUUGCUGCUUUCGGAGCCAGCGAUAAAAACUGGGUGUGGAGGUCAGUUCAGAUGGGAGAUGUUGUCCACCAGCUGAACAGAAGCCUGGAGGAGGCCUCUUCUUCCUUACAGCAGCUGCAGCAGCUGCAUUGGCUCGACUACAGGACCCGCGCUGUGUUUGUGGAGUUCUCGCUGUACAACAUCAACACAAACCUCCUGGCUGUCUUCUCCUUCCUGUUUGAGUUUCCAGUUUCGGAGCAUGCCCAGUCCAGCCUUGACCUCCUUGUCACCACUCUGUGGCCACUCACAGGACUGGACCUGCAGCUCCUUCUAAUGGUGGUCCUCCUUGCCCUGGUGUUGUAUUUCCUGGUGCGGGGGAUCAUGGGCUUCCUCAGAGAAGGCUACACAUACUUGCUGUCAGCCUGGAGGUUCCUGGGUAUCUGCAAACUGGGUCUGGCAGCGUCCGUGUGUGGGAUGCACCUGAGCCGCUGCACCAUGGCCACGCAGCAGUGGGCGUCAUACCUGAAGCACCCGCAGGACACCUUCACAGACUUCUACCCCCUGGCCAGACAGAGUCAGAUAUAUACAGUCAUGUCUGCCCUGCUGUUGUUCAUACUGGUGCUCAAGGCAUCCCACCAGUUGCGGUUUCUCAGAGAGUGGGCCGUGUUCGGCAGAGCUCUGCGGCGCUCAGUCUGGGAGCUGCUGGGCGUUGCUCUGGCAUUACUGCUGUUGAUGCUGGCUUACUCACACACAGGACACCUGCUCUUCUACUCUGUAUUGGACAGCUAUGGCAGCGUGAGCUCUGCCUGCCUGUCUUUGCUGGGUGCUGCUGCCGGACGUGGUCUGCGGUCAUGGCAUCCUAGCUGGAUGACCACUGGCCCUUCUAGCACCCUGUCCUUGCUGGUGUUCCACGCCAGCUUCGCCGUUCUACGGCUGGUGUUGCUAUGGUUGGUUACUUCUGUGUUACUGAGGAACUACCGUCGCGCACGAGCAGAGCUGUACCGUCCAGCUGUGGAUCUCCAAGACUACGAGAUGGUCGAGCUGUUUCUCAGACGACUCAAAAUGUGGAUGGGACUUAGCAGGACCAAGGAGUUUCGUCACAAGGUGCGUUUUGAGGGCAUGGAGAUGCCACCCUCCCGUUCGUCCUCCACCAGCGACUGUAAGUCCCUGUGUUUGCCACCUUUGGACGGUCCUGAUUCCCCUCCUACCCCAGACAGCGUUGAUGCAGGUUCUGAGGCCUCGUGGCGCCCGGCCUCCUCCAGCCCCUGUAGCCUGACAGAAGCCCCGGGGAUCGGCCUGGGACUCGGCCUGGGCCUGGGUUUGGGGCUCGGCCCAGGAGUGGUGAUGGGAAGUACCAGCUGGAGGGAGAGAGCAGAGACCGAAGCCUCUCUGAGGAGGCUCCUCCCCACCCUGGACGCCCUGCUGCAACAGCUUGACCGUGUCACCAUGGCAACAGAGGAUCUGUACCACAUCGAGUGUAGACUGGAGCGAGCUCAGAGGAAAAGGAGGCGGAGAGGGAGAGAGAGAGGAGGUGGGGGCCAGGGAGGGAGGAGCAGGUCAAGGCAGAGAGGGAAGGGGGAGGACAAGGACUCUGCUGGAUGGAGAGAACGAAAGAGUGGCAAAGAAAACCACAAAGGGAGCAAAAAGGGGGAAAAGACAGAUAAGAGUGAACUUCCGAAGGACUGUGGAAACACCAGAAAGACUCCAGUAGUCACACCUGUUCCCUUCUUAAAGCCCAGACCAGCCUCUGCCACUACUCAUACUCCUCAGUCAUCAGCCAAACCUUCAGCCAGUGCACCUCCUCCUACACCAGUCACCGAUAAAUCUGCCUCUGACCCCUCCUGUAUCCCCAUCUCAUCGGCUAACACUCCCUCUUCCCAUGUCUCACUGCCUAAAACUCCCACUGCACCUCAAUGUACCCCUGCACAAAUCCCUUCCUUGCCAUCUACCCCUGCCCUUGCAACCAUUAGCCGGGACUGGGACCCCCCCACAGAGAGAGAGGCCCUCCCCUCCUCCAGCCUGUUCAACCACCCAGCUCACACUACCACCAUUCCUACACGCAAGCGAAAACGCAAACCCCCACCCCUCAAAAACAAGGUGCACCCCAACCUAGACAGGCACGGCCCUGGACACCCCAAAUCCUGAGGAAUCAUAGAUGGAUGAACAGAAGUGAAAGGUGGAGCAAAAGAAUGCAAGAGUAAAUGUCAGGUUAAGGACGAGAGGAGGACGGGGGCAGCAGGUUUUGUCCCCAGGUGCCCCCUCGCUAAACCCUGAAAAAGGAGGGAAAAUAGUGGACGGGACGGUAAUAGGAUGAAGCACAGGAGGGAAACAAGAAGAAUCUCAGAAACAAGCAGUUUGAGGUAUUGAAAGAUGAAAGAUGAACAGAAAGCAUUAAAGUAAGACUUUGCAAGUUUAUAAAGCAGUGAUCCGUCCAUAAGUCCCUGCUCAGUUCUCUCAGAAACAAGGUGCAGGUCACCAGAUGCUAACUGAGCUGGGUUUAGUCAGCCAAGUAAAGUAAUUUCCCCCGGACUAAAACUGACCCCUGAUCCUACGUGACCCUGGAGGUCACAUGGGAUCACUGACAGGAGCACAUAAGCGUGCUCACCUGAGGACAUAACGAACUGAAAGCAGACAAUGCAGUUAGUCUUUUUGUGUAUCAGAAAAUUGGGUUGAUUUCUCAGUUAUGAUGUCUGUCUACAUAUUUUUAUAUUUUAUAUUUCGGUCACCAUGGGUACUUUGGGCCUGUCUGAAAAUAGUCAUGUUUUAUGAACCCAAAUUUGCAUGCAGGCACACACAGAUACAUGCACAUGCAGGUACACACAUGCAUACAAAUAACACUGUAGGCACAGACAAUUGGAGAGUGCUGAACAUUUCAGAGGUAUGAGAGAAAACAAAAUGAUACACACACACACACACACACACACACACACACGGUUGUUGGGAUCCCAGCAGCCAGUUCUUCAGGGUGCAGAUACAACCAUCCUCUCUACUGGUCAAGUGUGGAGAAAUUAAAAAAUAAAGGGAAGCCACACGUAGCGACAAGAACGAAGUGUAGCAAGUGUGAGCAGAACAACGCAGACCAAAGUAGCGUUUACAAGAGGGAAAGAAGAAGACGCCUACGACCAUGCUCAGUGGAGACGUUUGGUUGUAGGUAAAAGAUGAGGAAACAAGAAUAAUUUGGAGUACUGAACAUUUACACACGUUUUCCCAUCAUAAAGCUAUAAUGUCUGAUUAUAUUUUAAAAAUGUUUAUUCCUGUGUUGUGUUCAAUAUGGUUGUGAUUUAAAAGCACUUUUGUUCUGAUGUAGACUGUUUGUUUUUUGUGGAGGCAUGGUGUAAAGUAAUAAGCUUGAUGUCGAAACCAAUAGAGAAAGCUUCACUCAUACUGUAUCUUAACUAUAAACGUUGCCAAAGCUUUUGCAUCAUUUAUGCAUUCUGAGUUUUACCAUGCCAAGUAAUUCAUUCAUUUUGUACUUUGCACUUUAUUUCCAAAUUGAGCUGAUAUUCAAUGCCGUAUUUAACUCUCGUGUCAAGUUUUCAUUUUGUAUGUUAGCAGCUACAUUAUAGAAAUGUCCUAGUAAGUAUUAUCAAGGUGUUGAAGCCAUAGCUAGCUGUUGUGUUUGUACUUUUGUCUGCUCUUGGUAGUGUUGUUAACUUUUUAUUUUUGAUCAACAUACAAACUUCCUGUGUCCAGUGGGCAGAUCUCAGGGAACCCACCCUUUUCCCCAAAACCUGGAAAGACAAAACCAAAUCUGGGGACAAAGACGGUGUUUUCAACAAUCUAAAUGAUAUUUUGUGGUUAAAGUUAGGGUAGGCAAACUAGCUAGUUUUUGAAAGUAUCCAACUGAAAAAAUCCCACCCCCUCCUUUCAAAGCCACUCCCCCAAAUAACAUUUUUAUUCACAGUUAGUGCACAGGCGGAGCGCGUGCAAGAAUAAUUGCGAUGUAAUAAAUUGCCUACCCCAGCUUUAAAUCAUGCCACUGAAACUGACUUUCAGCCUGUGUUUGACUUCCUCUCCUUUGUUCUCUCAGCCAAACACAGGUAAGUUCUGUGUCAGCGCCCUGUUUUAAUGGCUUUUUAAAAGAUGAUGAAAAAAGGGCCAAUAGCAACGAGCAUACCCAACCGUUACACAGCAUGAAACAAAAUGCUAAGACCCUAAAUUAUUUUAUUUUGAAACAUUCUUACUUUUUUCCUGCCCUGUAAGUUGCAUAAGAACUCACAAGUUUCAUGAUCUCACAAAAAGCAAGAUCCCACUUCAACUGCUUGUGUAUAUUUCUGUAUAUAUUGGGGCUUUGUGGUGUAUAUAUUUUUGCUUUUCAUGAUCAGUAUUGUUUAUGUGCUGCAGUGGCAUAUGCAUAGGUCAAGCACUGGUGUUGCAAACCCCAAAGUUUUACAUUUCCCCAGACUAACUGAAGCACUACAGCCAAAGCUAUUAAUCUAUUUAAUAUAAAUCUUUGUUCAAAAUACGCCAAUUACAAAACCACAGGAAGCUCAGCAGUCAACUGUUCCGCUGGCCUUCAUAUUCCUGCUCUGUGUACAGUGUGUAGCAAGAUAGUGGCAAAGCCCACCUACUUGUCUUCCAGCUUUUCUUUGCGUUGUAUGAAGCAUUUUGUUUUCAAACUGUGUUACAAAUUUGUCUUCUUUGUAUUGCGUAUCUGUAUUUUGCAGCUGUAGCACUUCUCAUGCUUUUGCACUUGACAAAGUCGAAUAAAGAGUUUGACAGCUGAACUGUGCAUAACAAAA